UUUUAAAACAAUACCAGUAACAGAAUCAUACGUAUAAACUUUAUUCAUAUUAAAUUGUUUUUUUAUAUUACUUAUAAUUAAUGGCUACAUCAGACGCCUAUUAUCUGAAAAAACCUUUUUUUGUCAUUAAUAAAAUGUAAUGCCGACCGGUAAUUAAUCAUUUUCAAAUUCAUUUUAGAAUGUAUUGAAAUAAAUUGGGUCUUUAUUAAAUUUCCGUUUUAAUUACGAGUCACGAAAACUGCUUCGCUUAGAUGGUAACAGUGAUUAAAAAUUACACACCGUUAUUACACAGUAUAUACCUAAUUCGAUGAUCCUUUUAAUAUUUGUCUCGAAAAAAACAAAUAAACACAUCGAGUGUAUUAUAAUAAUUUGAAUUAAAAGUCGAAAAUUUUAAGAGAAUUUCCAUUUCAAUAAAACGAUCUAAAUACUUCUACUCUUCAUGCGCGGAAUUGGGAAUAAAAUUUCAGUAUGAAUAGGUAACGGUUUCAUUUCAUUCCGAACGUCCUUUUGAUUCACGUAGGGAUGAAUGUACUUCAUUUACGAAUAAUAUUAACAUGCUGUGCUGUUCUCUUUCAUUCCUUUUCACCAAUGUUAACAACAAAUAGAAUUCACAAAGAAAUAUACCAUAUUCCCUUAGACGAAAAAAGUGAACUAACGUUGGACUGGAUCGUGGAUUAUCCUUUGAAAACAGUAACUUUCGAAAUUCACAUUCCCAUUAAAUUUGGAUGGUUUGCUAUAGGAUUUUCGGACAGAGGAGAACAUUUUUCCGCAGAUUAUUGCGUCUUGUGGUACGAUUGGAAACAUGAGCUUCAUUUUGAAGAUGCAUGGGCCGAUGACCAGGCAAAGUUAACUGCAGAUGAACAACAAGACUGUAAAAGUUUUAAGAAAAUAAUUCGUGGUAAUAAAAUGAAAUUCUCAUUCCAGAGAAAAUUCGAUACUUGUGACAAGAACGAUUAUUUAAUCGAGGACGGUACGGUACAUAUUGUUUGGUCCCGAGGCCACGAAAAACUAUAUAAAUUACAAGGCUUGAAUAUCACCGUUUCUAAAGAAAAUAAUGGGAUGGUACGAACAGAACUACUGAAAAACAUUGAGGUAAAUAUACAGUUGCCCACUGAAAGUACUUCUUUAGAUAUUCUAGCUGAUCAAGUGACUGUACCAUCAGAUGAAACGACCUAUUGGUGUCACGUUCACAAACUACCGUCAAAGUUCAAACGGAAACACCAUAUUGUCGAAUAUAAACCGGUGAUCCAAACAGGAAAUGAAGGAUUGGUCCACCACAUGGAGGUAUUUCAUUGCAUUGCCCCUGCAACCGAAAAUAUAGCAAUCUACGUUGGUCCUUGUUUUUCUACAAAACGUCCACAUAACACUCACGUGUGUAAAAGAGUCUUGGCAGCUUGGGCAAUGGGAGCAAAAUCUUUUGUAUAUCCAGAGGAGGCAGGAUUGCCAAUAGGAGGACCAGAUUUCAACCCUUACAUUAUGUUAGAAGUUCACUAUAACAAUCCUGAAAAGAGAAAUGACUGGAUAGACAGUUCAGGGAUUAGAUUCGAUAUUGUAUCAAAAUUGAGGCCAAUGGAUGCUGGAGUAAUUGAAUUAGGAUUGGAAUAUACUGAUAAAAUGGCUAUACCACCAAAUCAGGAAGAAUUCUCUCUCAGUGGUUAUUGCAUUGUAGAGUGUACUGCAGUGAGCCUACCACCUGAAGGAAUCGUCGUUUUUGGAUCACAGUUACACACACAUUUGACUGGCGUGCGUGUAUUUACGAGGCAUAUUCGCGACGGUAGAGAAUUACCAGAACUAAACAGAGAUAAUCAUUAUAGUACCCAUUUUCAAGAAAUAAGACGUCUCAAAAGACGUGUUAAAAUUUUACCGGGAGACGCAUUGAUAACUACCUGCAUAUAUAAUACAGUUAAAAGGGAAAAUGUUACCUUAGGUGGUUUUGCCAUUAGUGAUGAAAUGUGUGUUAAUUACAUUCAUUAUUUCCCAUCAACAACGUUGGAGGUAUGCAAAAGUGCAAUCAGUGACCAUGCUCUUUCAACUUAUUUCAAGUACAUGCACGACUGGGAAGGCCAAAUGACUGCAGGAAAAGUAAUUUCUGAGAACUACAAGGCAAUUGAAUGGAACCCCAUGAGAGUCCAACUACUACAUGAAUUGUAUAGAGAAGCACCUCUUAGUAUGCAAUGUAACAUGUCAAGUGGAGACCGAUUUCCUGGAUAUUGGGAAAAUUCUUCAGUUACGCCGAUUCUGCUUCCUAAUCCACCACCGGUUAGACAAUGUUCAUAAUAAAUUCUCAUCUAUGUAAAGACAUAAAAGAUGGAUGCAAAAACUGAAAAAAUGUUACGCAAUUUA